AUGUCUCGAUGGGCUUUCCUUCCGAACAUUCCGUAUCCGCCCUCGAGGCCGGGAUACUGGAGCCCCGUCACAUCCACCCUGAACUGGUGUGAAGAGGAUUACUAUGCUACGAUUUACUCCGCCGAGAUCGUCAACACGCUGACAAACCUCCUGUUUAUGUGGCUCGGGAUCAAGGGCAUUCGCAGCUGUCGUCGCAACGGACAUGACAGGAUCUUCGAAGUCGCCUACUACGGCUACCUCGUGGUCGGAACAGGCAGCUUUCUUUUCCACGCAACGCUGAAAUGCAAGACUGACCGGUUUCCUCUCCGCACAGAUCCCAUGCAGCUGGUGGACGAGCUGUCCAUGAUCUACACCACCUGUCUGAUGUGCUAUGCCUCCUUCUCCUACUCCAGACCCACGCCCUUCCGCAUCCUCCUGGCCUUCCUCCUGGCCGGCCUGGCCAUCUUCAUCACCCUCUAUUACCACUACCUCCAGGACCCCGUCUUCCACCAGAAUGCCUACGCCCUCCUGACCACGGUCGUCGUCCUGCGCAGCAUGUACACCAUGGAGGUGACCCUGCGCCCGCGAUGGCGCCACUCCACCGAGGCGGACCGGCUCGCGCGCGAGCGACAGGGCUUGCCCGUCCCGACCAAGGAACACCAGCACUACGAGAACGUCCGGGAUAUGAAGACCCUCAAGACCAUGUGGUUCAUGGUGGCGUACGGCCUCAGCAUGUUCUUGGGCGGAUUCGGGAUCUGGGGCUUGGACAACGUCUUCUGUUCGAAGAUCCGCGGAUGGCGCCGGGAAGUGGGUCUUCCUUGGGGGAUCCUUCUUGAAGGCCAUGGAUGGUGGCACUUGAUGACGGGGUUCGGCGCGUAUCUGUACAUCAUCUGGGGCAUCUGGCUCCGUCAUUGCCUGAACGGUCGCCAGGAGGAGUAUCAUCUGUGGUGGCCCCACGUCUGGAAUUUCCCUGAGGUCAUUCGCACGAGCGACAAGGGUAAGAGUGAGAAUGGCGCGGCCAAGAAAUCGAACUAG